AUGAAAGUUGGCACUGCUCGUGCUCGCGGGCGGGCAGACUGGUCAGGUCAUGACUCUCCGCAGUCGCGUCACUUGGGUCAGACGGGGAGGCGCAGAGAGAUGUGCUGCUGCCUGCCGCCGUGCUUCUGGUGGCUGUGUUUCACCCCGCGCGCUCUGCACAAAAUCGGGGGCCCGCGGAGCCUCGAGGAGAUCGAGCGGCAGCGGAAGAGGCGGGAGGAGCGCGCGCGGCGACGGCGCUGGUGGCGAUGUCAACGCGCCCCCCCGGAUGGAGAGCGAAACGGGGAAACCGCGACGGGGCAGGUCGCGUCGCGCGGCGGCGAGAUCGAGCUCGGCGAGAUUCGCGUCGUCGAGGACGACGGAAGGCUCCAGAACGACGCCGAGAAGGAGAUCGGCCCGGCGGACCCGGGGUGGCACGAGCGCAUCCACUCCAACCCCGCGUUCGACGCGCCGGUGCCCCCGUUCGUCCCGCUCGCGGUGGUGAGCGAACCUCCCAAGACAAACAAGCACCACCUGUACAGACGAAAGGAUUACCUGCUCUCCAGGAAACAGAGCCGGGAACGGGAGAGGGCGAAACGGAAGGUGGAGAAGGAGCUGGCGAGGAGCGGCGGCGGCGGAGGCGGAGGGGGGACGUCGUCGGGAAACCCCGGGGGGGAGGUCACCCCGUCGCCGCGAGAAUCAGCCGGCUGA